GCGGCGCGAGCCGUCGCAGCUGCCGGGCACGGCCUCGCCAUGAGCGGCCGCAACGCGUCCGACGAGCUCCGCGUCCUGUGUAGCCCCGGCCCGCUGUUCCUGCAGCCGCUCUGGGACGGCCUGCGGGCCCGGGAGGCGCUCCUGCAGUCGCCCUACUUCCCGGCCGUCUUCUCCAUCGGCACCUACCUGGGCUGCUGCCUGCCCUUCGUGCUGCUGGACGCGCUGUGCCCCUGGGUGCCCGCGCUGCGGCGCUACAAGAUCCACCCGGACUUCGCGCCGUCGGCGCGGCAGCUGCUGCCCUGCCUGGCGCAGACCCUCUACCAGCACGCCGUGUUCGUGUUCCCCGUGACGCUGCUGGACUGGGCCCGCGGCCCGGCCCCAGUGCCCCCCGAAGCCCCCGAGCUGCUGCAGCUGGCGCGCCACGUCGGCUGCUGCCUGCUGCUCUUCGACGCCGAGUUCUUCGCGUGGCACGUGCUGCACCACCGGGUGCCCUGGCUGUACCGCACGUUCCACAAGGUGCACCACCAGAACGCGGCGUCGUUCGCGCUGGCCACGCAGUACAUGAGCGUCUGGGAGCUGUUUUCCCUGGGCUUCUUCCACCUGCUGAACGUCACGCUGCUCGAGUGCCACCCGCUCACCGUGCUGGUUUUCCACGUGCUCAACAUCUGGCUGUCGGUGGAGGACCACUCGGGCUACGACUUCCCCUGGUCCACGCACAGACUCGUGCCCUUCGGCUGCUACGGCGGCGUGGAGCACCACGACCUGCACCACUCGCAGUUCAACUGCAACUUCGCCCCCUACUUCACGCACUGGGACAAGCUGCUGGGGACCUUCCGGUCCCCGCACGCCAAGUGAGGCGCGCGCCCCCCGGCGGGCGCGGCGGGGCGGGUGCCCCUCGCACCCGGGACUGCUGGGCGCUUCGCACUCGAGUCAGGACAGACACACCCGAGCCUUUGUGUUGUUCUGUUUUUGUAAGUAAUUUAUUACCUGAUGGAGAUUUGUGGGUAAAAUCUGAUGUAUUUUCACAGCCUGACCAAGUAAUUUAUAUCGUUUUUGCGUAUUGAGGAUUGUACUCGGAGUCUAAUUCUAGCUCACUUCAGUAGCGUUGAUUCCUGGAUAUGUAUAUAUGAUAUAUGUAUAUCACUGGUGUAUUUAAAUCAUCUCUAAAACGUUUGCUUGUAGGACAAGGACUUUCUUAUUUUUCAAAGUGUCACAGAAAUAGGCUGAAAGAACAUAUUUUUAUGGAAAAUGUGAACAGUGAAACAUUCCUGCUGGACAGUGAUCACAGUUAUUGUACUUAACCCCAAUUUUUUCACAUAACUGUAUAUUUAUAUUGAAUGAAAUGUUAUUUGUGCUUUAAAAGUGAAAAAAAAAAACCCAACCUAAAUCAGACAAA